AUGGCCGCCGCCACCGCCGCUCGCCUUCCGGAGACCAUAAAACUCCAGCUCCGCAAGCCCAAAAGCUGGAACUGGGAGCUUACCACGUCCAAAUCCUCCCCUGCCAUAGCCAUGCCUGUUAUCCAGCUGUACGAUUACAGAGGGAAGCUUUUAAUUGAAGCCAAAGAAAGCCCCGAAGAUGCUUUUUCGGGCAACAAACAGAAGAUAUGGCGCAGCGACCAAGGGAAUUCGCAGCAAACUGGUGCUAAUUCAGGCAGCUCGAGAAGGAGUAGAUCAAGAAGUAACAUAAACAUCAGUAGUGAAAGUUUGAGACGGUCAGAAUCGGACAGUUGCAGGAAUUCCCGCACAAAAAUCCUCGAAAAAAAUCCAGAAACUCGGAAACAAAAAAAGAAUAGAGUUGCUAAUCCUUUAGAAACCUCAAAACUCCAAGACAAUUACGAGAUCAGCAAUCCUCAGUUAGAGGAAUUCCUACAUAAGAAGCGAUACACGACGAGAACCAGCAGCGCUGGUACUCUUAUUAUUCCUGAGGAGAGUUUCAGGACGGACCCCCGCAGGAGCAGGCGGCGUCGACGACGUCGCGGCGGCUCCUACGGCCUGGAAUCCUUGGCAGAAGUCCGAGACGCUGCAGCCAGAACUUCCGUCAGUUCUGAAAGGGAUCGGAAAGACGCGAGAUUUAGGGGAUUUUCCGAAGAAAAACACAUCGGGAGGCACAGCGAUCGUGCGGCUAUUCUUUCACGUGAAAAACCGUCAAUCGAUCGAUCCAAAUCGACUCCCGAAGGAAGGGAAUUUCACGGGAAAAAACGGUACCCAUCGAAAAAUCCGUCGUUAUCAGGCUUAUUUUACUCCCGUAGCGAAGUUUUUCCUUUCGAAAGGCUGCUUAAAUGCGAUGAAAAUAACAAUGAUCGAAGGUACGGAAAUUCGGGUAUACGCGAGUGCCGGAAAACCGGGCGUUGUGAAAUCGUCGAUGUAACGGACGCCGGAAAAUGUACCGGAAAUUCCGGAAAAACGCGUAGGAAGAGGAGAAAUCGAACUGUCGAUAGGACCAGGUGUUCUUCGUUUUCUUCCACUUCUUCGACUUCGUCCGGGGAAGUCCAGAUUUCUAGGAGAAAAGGU